AUGCCUGCCCCGUACUCGACGCCCCGUGGCUCAGCUCCAAUCUCCUCCCAAUCGCCCAUCACCGCCGACGUCGUCAAGUUUCGUUGUUUAUACACCCACGAUGUGCGCCGCAAGUCCAAACGAUGGCAGGAUGGCUACCUUCGCUACCAUGCCUUCAACAAACGAGUAAUGGUCUACGAUGAAUCUGGUAACUACAUCGGGGAUCAUCAUUGGCGUUCGACAGAUGAGGUUCAAGAUGGUGAUGAGUUGGAACUUGAUAAAGGUGUUUUGAUUGAAGUCGGCGAGCGCAUGGGCACAACUCAGCAGGAUCUUACCAACCUAUUCGAAAAGAGGAAAUCCAGCCAGACCUCUCCUCCCUCCAAUCACUCCCAAGCGCGUCCUACACCCACGUCCACGCCUGCGCCUUUACCUGUCUCUACCCCCUCCACCUCCACAAUCGCUCGAACCUCCGGUUCGCAGACGUUUCGCUCACUCAAUGACCUUCUUGGUAUCAAACGAACCCCAAUUGGAUAUCGUCCGUCUCCCUACGAGGAACGUAAUCCUCAACCACCAACGCCAAGCCUCCCCGAUCCCUCUGAACGAGCACCCAAACGGCCGAAAGUCUCAACAGGAACCACCUCGGUCCAAAGCAGGAAUGUACAGUCCGAGGUGGUGGACCUGACAGAGUCGGAACCGCAGCAACCUACGCGGCCACCGGUUCUUCCUGCACCUCGGGAGAAGACGGCACCCUUGAAGGAUGCGAGACCGAACCUAUCAAUGCCCGUCGAGGAACCACAGCCGAAAUCGCGAUCGAGACCUAAGGAAGCACCUCCAAUACCCAACCCCUCAAGACAAGAACCCGCAAGAAAUGAACACCCCAAACAAGAUCCUCCGACCUUUACGAGACCAUCCCUACAUCCGCCGACAGAAACGAUUGCUCGGCCGAAAUCGAUUCCUGUUCCACCAGUGGAACCGCCUGUCGAAUCUCGAGCGGCGCGCCCCAAACCGCUGAACUCCUACGAACCGCCACAUAAUGACGUCCCACGAAACCCACGAACUUCACGACCAACCCCCGACACAGAACACUCAGCCCAGCCAAUCAAAACCUUACGCAUGUCUACCGAGAAGCCGCGCCCAAAAUUGAUGUACAGUGCCCUAUUGCCUAGCGAUACGUCUCAAAAAUCUUCCCCAUCUUCAGCAAUGGGCCCUCCAGCGAAACGAAGCCAACAUACGCCAAAACCCAAGGAGUCGCAACCCGCUAGUGCCCCAUCUCAAGGCCCUGCGUCUACUAACAUGGAAUUUCUACCAUCGGUCUCAACUCAAUCUAUCCUUGAGGAGAUGGUAGUCAGUGCUGGAAUUGACAACAAUCAAAACCGAAAAUCUCAUGUAGCAUCAUUGAAAGGAAACCAAUCUGAACCCGCUCGGAACCUUACCAUCAAGAGGCCUCUUGACGCACCCUUCCGCAAAUCACUAUCCGACCCAACAGCAUUGAGUAGAUCCGGCCUUCAAGCUCGACCCACUCUUAUGCGAAAUGCACUCAGUCAGGUUCCCGAGCAGUUGGAGGAGAUUGAACAGGGGCCCUGGACGUCCGAGGCAUUGGAUCUCUUUGAUUUCUGGCCUCCAGGCCGACCAAAGCCAUGCUGA